AUAUUAUAUAUAUAUAUAUGAUAUGUUUUCUACACCUGUGAACAAGGGCCCGUGCUGUUCAACCCAGAAACAGAGCCGCGAUAGAUUAUAUUCGCAGACAUCUCUCAGCUUUUAAGAAUUCUUGGAGAAUUAAUAUGGAAGACGUUAACCACCUGGAGUCUUCAAAUGCAACUGCUUUUAGUAAUAUAGAUAUAGUUACGCAGACGGAUAGAGAUGGGAGACCUUUAUGUAGUGGAAUGUUUACUAACCAACGGUCGUUGUAUGAGAAUAUUCCUGAUUAUCGCUGUGAGAUUUGUAAGAAAACGUUCUCUUCAGAACGUGACGUCUUUACACACAAAGAAAUACACCUUAAGGGAAAACCCCUUAAUUGUGAAAUCUGUGGGAAAUAUUUUGCCAAAAACCGUGAUUUAACAACACACAUAGGAAUUCACACUGGGGAAAAACCUUAUCACUGUGAAAUCUGUGGGAAAUAUUUUGCCAAAAACCGCGAUUUAACAACACACAUACGAAUUCACACUGGGGAAAAACCUUAUCACUGUGAAAUCUGUGGAAAAUCUUUCUCUCAUAAUUCUAGCCUUGUCAUUCACAUACGAAUCCACACGGGAGAAAAGCCUUAUCCUUGUGAAAUCUGUGGUAAAUCGUUCGCUGAUAAUUCCAGCCUCGUCGCUCACCAAAGAGUACAUUCUGGAGAAAAACUGUUCAAUUGCGAGAUCUGUGGUAAAUCGUUUGUCUUUAAAAGUGAUUUAAACAGACACAAACGGAAACACACGGGAGAGAAACCCUAUCGCUGUGAAAUCUGUGGUAAAUCCUUCUCUGAUCAUUCCAGCCUCUUAGUUCACCGACGAAUCCACACGGGUGAAAAGCCGUAUCGUUGCCAGAUAUGUGGGGUGUCUUUCUCAGUUAAUUCCAGCCUUGUACGUCACCGGAAAAUUCACACUGGGGAAAAACAGUUCCACUGUGAAGUCUGUGGAAAGUCCUUUAUAUCUAACAGUGAUUUAAACCGACACAAACGAAUUCAUACUGGAGUGAAAAAACUAUCGUGAAAUCAGUGCAGAAUCUUUUGUCUCCAAUGCAUGAUUUAAGAAGACACACAAGGAUAUAGAUUGGAAAGAAACUCAAUUUCAUUGUAAACGAUGUGGAAAAUUAUUCAUACAGACACCCUUGUGUUAUCUGCAGCUGUACAAUAAGAACAAGAUUCAAGUUUAAUAUUUCUGAAAAUAUUUAUUUGUCAUAAUGAAAGAAAG